AUGACACGUGAGACUGCGCAGCAGAGCGCAGGCUGGAAGGGGGGAAUGGGUCCGAGUCCGACAGCGACAGAGAGUUAAGCAGUCGAAGCCAGCAGCCGAUGCCGUUUCACUGUAGGUUACCGGAUAACAAAGAGAGUGGAGAACGCCUUUAGUGGAUUCAUUUAGCCUCCAUUUGUUCGGACAGUGGGAAAGAAAACGGGAGACUAUAUGUCUUUACAAGAACUACCAGGCUCCUUUGGAGUCAUAUUCCAAGCGUUCUCUCUGCCCAUGGAAGCAGAGCGCAGUCGAAAUAAGAAGAGGCUGGAGGCGAGUCUGGCCGGCUUGUGUGAGCUGGAGCUGCUCAAACAGAGGCAGGAAUGCAGGGUGCUGAGCGCUCUCUGCCUCGGGGACUCGACUGUUACCGGGCGUCCGCCGUGGGGAACUCGACGGUCUGCACGCUGCGCCCUGGACGCAUCAGACUGCAACGCGUCGCAUGCAUCUGGCCCCGGGCUCCAAAUUAACAGUCUCCACUGUACACCCUGGGGUAUAAAGUCAUCUUUAGAACAGCAGGUGGCAGAGCUGAAGGUGAACACGGAGGUAAAAUCUGCAGAACUUCGCCCCGAUCUGGAGGACAAGAGACUCAAUUCAGGAGAGACCCUUGUAACCAGGCAAAAUGGAUCUCUUGAAUCAAAUUACAACCCCUUGAGCCCACGUUCCCUCUCAGCCACUGAGGGGACAGGGGAGACAGAGACACGAGAAUCAUGGCAUUCAGACACAAGGAGAAAAGCCACAGUUACUGAUGUCUUACGGGAGAUGAAAGAUGUUAAUUCCAGUCUUGAAGAUUGUCAACAAGCCCAAAAGUUAGAGACUUAUAUAUUCGGACUGAUCCAAUGCCGAGCCUUACCCAUACGGCCCUCCAAGCCCCACACCAGCCUCACACAUUAUGCCCGAGCUGUCACUGUGGUGAGGCAGAGCAGUUUAUGCUGCAAAGAGGAGCAGCAUUCACCAAAGCAGGUGUCUGUUCAACUGAUCUCAACUCUAUCGCACUGUUCAGAGGGAACUGUGCCAAAGGUAUAUCAUAACCCUGACCAGGAGCAUUAUCUAGAGUUAGAGUUAAAUGAAGAGGAGGUUCCACCCCCGUACCACCACCACCUCCUUCAAAGUGUCCAGUACCAACCAAGAUUUAUUCGCAAGCCCAUGCAGGCCUCCAUGGUUAGCAUGUCCGGCUCAACCUCGCCAGACUAUACAUCUUGCAGUAUGCUGCAAGCCAACAAAGACUCCAACAAUAGUGAAACUGAUUCACCCCAACAUUUCCUCAACUACCAGGCUGUUCCAGUUCAUUCAAAGCCUCACCAUCCACCAUCUCUUGAUGAGCAGCUUGUCAACGCAGAGUACAUUCCAGCCAACCCCUGCCGAGCCUCCACCAGAGCAUUUGCCCAUCAUCACUCCAACCCACAUAAGGGCUCUGGGGUGCCUAAACCCAACAAAAGCAUGUUUUCUCCAGAACAAAGCCAUCAUAAUGAAGAGCAGCAGCCAACAGUAUCUCAGAUCCUACCCUCCAGAUGCCGAGGAGGCGCAAAGAAAUGUCAUUUGAGUGAAGACAGAAUUUGUGCCAGUAGGAAGACUGGGAAGAAGGCAGGUAGGUCUCAGUCAGGGAACAGCCAACAAAGGGUUCCAGAGCGAAAGUACAAUACUGUAGAGAGGGAUGGUGGAGGAAGCGGAAGCGGUGGAAGGGGAAGCUGCAAUAGUCAAUCCAGGAGCAAGAAACAACAGCAAGGAAGUGGUAGCUACCGGCGCUGGCAGUCCAGUCUUGAGCUCAGCCAAGAUGAAGCUGACCAGCCACCUAUGCAGCCACCAAUGCAAGGCUCUUCAGCUUCAAACCAAAGUGACCAAUGUGCAAGGAAAACACUCAAAUCUCGUUCUUCUCAUGCAUCACAUGCCUACCCACACCGCAAUCACCACCAUCCCCAGUCUCAGCAUCAUCAGGACAUGGAGUGCCACUUAGAGAGGGACAAAGUGCCACUGUGUAAGCCCAGUGAGGACUACCCUCACCAAGGUCGGCGUGAGUCUGAGUCAAGUAUGAGCGAGGCAGACUCUCCAGAUUCCAGCUCUUUGUCCAGUGACUCUGAUGAAAGUGGUGGUCUGGUUUGGCCCCAACAACUCCCCCCCCAACUUUCACUCCCAUCACCUCUUGCCCCACCUGGAGCAACAAUGCAGCCCAAAGCUUUUGUCAAGAUUAAGGCUUCACAUGCUCUUAAGAAGAAGAUCCUGCGCUUCCGCACUGGUUCGCUGAAAGUAAUGACAACUGUAUGAAGUGGAAUAAUGGCCAAACUGAAGGAACAUAAACUGCAGAGUUUUGGACUACAUAGAAUGGUAAACCACAAUCUGUGAAGAUAAAAUCAAUUGGUGAAUCGUAACUUUGAAAAUCAAAUUUUUAAUGAAAGUUCUAUGAUCUUCUCUGAGUGAAUUUAUUGGAUGGAUUUAGAUCAGCCUUAACAAGCAAUGGAGAAAAUCACUUCAUCUGCCAUUUGUAAAAAAAAUCGUAAAUGAUAUUGUGUACUACAGUCUGGAUUACUCAAAGUUUGUCAAAGGGUAACCUACUCUAAUGAAAUGCCCACACACUCAAAUACACACCUACUGAUCCAGUAUGUCACAGUCCAUACUGACAUUGUCUCUGCGGUGGCAGUAGUUCAUGGUUUUAGUUUUUGACCAAACAGAUUCAUCUUAAAUAUACCUGCUAUUUUAAAAGACAUUGAUUUCUAGAACAGCAGGUGGCAGACCUGAAGGUGAACACUGAGGUAAAAUCAGCAGAACCUCCACUGAUCUGGAGGACAAGAGACUUAGUUCAGGUAAAAUUAUCAACUCUGCUUCUGCCAAAAAGAAAAUUUCACUGCGAAGCACGUGGAACAUGAAGGUGGCUCAUUUUACACCAUAAAAGCCUGUGACUUCAGUGCUUUGUAACUGUUAUAUCUAAUUUUUUUUCCAUAGCUUCGUCUGUUUUUCAGAAUGCAGGUGUUGAACAAAUAUCCUCCUGUGAGCAUUUGAAUGAAUGAAUGAACAUCUCAUUACUUUUUCUAUUACUGAGUUGAACAUAAGCUGCAGAGUUUUGGACUACAUAGAAUGGUAAACCACACUCUGUGAAGAUGAAAUCAAAUGGUGAUACAUAACUAUGAAAAUCAAUGUCUUCAUGGAAGUUCUAUGAUCUCCUCUGAGUGAAUUGAUUGGAUGGAUUGUUAAGGCUUGUUUAGGCUGGAUAGAUCAGCCUUAACAAGCAAUGGAGGAAAUGGCUAUCACCUCAUCUGCCACUUGUUUCAAAAAUGUUUAUUUAAAAUUGUAAAUGAUAUUGUUUACUAAAAGUCUGGAGGAAGUUUGUCAAAGGGUAACCUACUCUAAUGAAAUACCCACACAUACAAAUACACACCUACUGAUCCAGUUUGUCACAGUCCAUGCUGACAUUGUCUCUGAGGUGGCAGUAGUUCAUGGUUUUAGUUUUUGACCAGACCGAUUAUUCUGAAAUAUACCCACUGUAGUUAAAGACAUUGGUCCUCAUGCAAGAUCAUUUUCAGAUAUUUUAUCCUAAAUGUGUUUUUGUCUCUUUUUCUUUUUUGUGUGGCUUGUUUGUAUGAGUAAUCCAAGUCCAUUUCACCAAACCUUUCUAACUGAAUGACGAAUACCACCUGUUAAUUAGGAACAGCCCUUCAGCUGUGAUUUUGUGCCCUGGGUAGGUCAAACUCUGAGCCAUUGACAAUUCAAUUCAAUUUUAUUUGAAUAGUGCCAAUUGACAACAUACAUCGAUUCAAGGCACUUUACACAGUAAGGUCAAGACCUCACAAUAUUAGAGAGAAACGCCAACAGUUUGCGUUUCUUUAAGAAAAACCUUGGAGUUUAAACACCCUUUUAACAGGAAGAGGAAGAAAUCCGUAGCAGAGGUGGACUUGCCUGACAACUUGAGUUGUUGGCGGCCAUCUGCCAUGACCGGUUGGGGCGAGAGUAGAAAAAUGGGGUAGAGAGUGAGGUGGGCAGAAAGAGGGGUAGAGACGAAGAGAGAAGAGAGAGAGAACAGUUGAACAAUUAGAUCUCUACUAGAAGCGCAGAGAAACGUGUAAGACUGCAACUCUGCCUCCUGGUCUCAACUCUGGACUGUAACGGUUUUGACUGUCUAGCUGGGUGAGAUUUCUAGAAAGGAGAGCUGGACCAUCCAAAGUAGCAUGAAUGCCAUUUCUCCGCAUCAGACCAGGUUUUCUCCAAAAAGUUUGCCAGUUAUCUAUGAAGCUCACACUGGACACCACCUCGACAACCAGUGGUUGAAGGAUGACAUGCACAUGUCAUCACUGGUGAGGUUGGGCAGCGGUCAAGAGAUAACUACUGAGUCUGUCAUUGUUUUUGCGUAAGAACACACUGAUUCAUUUUUUUUCUGGCCUCCGAUUGGUGUAAUCGGGUGUCAUUACUGCUGACGUGAAUAACAAUUUUACCAUAUCUACGUUUUUCCUUAGCCAGCAGUUUUAAAUUGGAUUGAAUGUCUCCUGCUCUGGCCACAGGAAUGCAUUUAACUAUAUCGUCGCUGGUUUUGCUAACUUCACGUACCUCAGAGAAUAGAGUCGCCAAUGACCAGAGUUGUUUUCUUAGCGGCUCUUUCGCUGACACUUUCUCGCAGGCAGUCGGCUGCUGGGGGACCUGAGGGAGCUACACUGGGUCGGCUUGCACUGGCUAGCGGGGACUGGCUAACAGUAUUAGCUAAGGAUUUACUUUCCAUGGUGCGGAGCCACGCUUCCUUUGUUGCACAUAAACUAGACUUAUUACAUUUACCAUUAUUCCUAAAAGAGACAAAGGAGUAAUUAAACAUCGAGCACAGAGAGCAGGAGAGGGAGAGAGAUAAGCCACAGUUCUUCACUAAAGCUAACUAGCUAAGCUACGAUACAGAGAGAUAAGACCAUAAAAACGCUGAGUUAGCAAGCAAUUGCUAAAAGAGGGAGAGAGCUGUGAUUGAUUAGACUAAAUCAUGGUGAGUGGAGUGAAUAAUUAGCCCUGUAGUUAGAGAAAACAGCAGUGUUUAAAGAGACAAAGAUGAGCAGUGGAUAAACAAAGGUUAAACCAGCAACCGGAAAUUACCGCAGCACGUCAUCACCAGACACACAAGUACCCCGUUUCAGUCGCAGCCCUGCUUCGUAAAGCCUCUUGAGCACCUCAUACAACCCCACUUCAAAAUCACUGAACUAUCCCUAUAACCGUAUCAACAGUAUGUUUGUAUACUCUCUUGCUCACGCUUUGUCAAUGAGGACUUGUUGAUUCACAUGUUAAUGCAUUUCAGAUCAGUAAAAAUUCUACUUCAUGUUUAAAGGGUAUGUUUUCAGAGGCAAUUUAGGGUAAGUUUCUUGCCUAAAGCAUAGAUUGAACCACCGAUCUUUUCGAUUUGUGGAAGUCUUCUGUACCUCCUGAGCGACGGCUGCCAAAAGAUCUUUUUUCUUACACUUUCCCAUGCAGGUUUCUCCUUUUCAUCUCUUCCUUAUUGUGCACUUCGGAAUCGUAUUGUUGAAAAUAGUAUUACCCUACAAUUAUACAUGUUUUCCUUAUAAAAAAUACAGCUGUUCCAUAUAUAAUGGGUGGAAGUAAAUGUUUCUGUCAGACAUGGACAAAUAUGACUUGAAUUUGUUAUUGAGAUAGUAAACCUUGCUGGAUGAAGAACUGACUUUCAAACUAAAUGGACUAUAAUCUUUUGCCAUUUAUGAUAGCAGAUGACACAAACCAGUGAGAUUUAGAUUAUCUUUAGAAAGUUUUGAUGAGAUCAAAUGCCAGAAUUACAACGACUAAGUAUUCUAGAAGGAUGCUGUGAAAAAUUUUCAGUAGUAAGUAAAUUUCUAUUGUUUUAAUGUUAAUAGAAGGGCACUUGUAGACUAAGAAAGAUUUGCCUGAGAAUUUAUUUAACAUUACAAAGUCACUUUGAGUAUUCAACAGUAUUAUCAUUUAACAUGCACUAUCCAACUAACUAUCAGCUUCAUUUUGUAAUAAAUCUGUUUGACAAAAUGCAUAAGCAUAUAUAAAAUGUGUUUUGAAAAAUAAAGAUACAUAA